UGUCUGCUUUGUUUCGUUUUCCUUUAGUUUUCUUGUUCGAGUUUCAGUAGAUAAGGCGGGGUCUUCUUUUACUUGUCUUUACCCUCUAGACAUUAUAGCUUGAAUUUCUUCAACGAGCAACCAAUUUUGUAGCUCAUCUCAAGUAUUUAGUCGAUGGCUUCAACAAUGAUGGCUGUUUCUCCCAGUAAUUUUGCUACAAUUAGAGAAUUAAAAGGUCAAAGUCAUACUGGAUUAAAAAUGAACGCAAGAACGAAUCAAGUUUAUUUCAAUACUGGUCGUGUGAUCAAGAUACAGUCGUCGUCUCGAUUUAUUAUUAAAGUUAGUAAUGAGAAAGAGGCAUCACUGAAGAAACUUGGAUUAACUGAUGCGGAAUGCGAAGCAGCUGUUGUAGCAGGGAAUGCUCCUGACGCACCACCUGUCCCACCCAAACCGGCAGCACCGGCUGGAACUCCCUUGGUUUCAUUACUUCCUCUUAACAAGCGUCCUCGCCGUAACUGAAAGUCACCUGUGCUGAGAGCAUCAUUCCAAGAGACACAUCUAAGUCCUGCCAAUUUUGUAUAUCCACUAUUUAUUCAUGAAGGUCAAGAGGAUACUCCAAUCUGAGCUAUGCCUGGAUGUUAUAGACUUGGUUGGAGACAUGGUCUUCUGGAAGAGGUUUCUAAGGCCCGGGAUGUUGGUGUCAACAGUAUCGUGCUUUUUCCCAAAGUGCCUGAUGCAUUGAAGACACCUACAGGAGAUGAAUCAUACAAUGAGAAUGGGCUGGUGCCUCGAGCGAUACGGUUACUAAAAGACAAACUCCCUGAUCUUGUUAUUUAUACUGAUGUAGCUUUGGACCCUUAUUCCUCCGAUGGGCAUGAUGGCAUUGUCAGUGAAGAUGGAGUGAUUAUGAAUGAUGAAACAGUUCACCAGUUAUGCAAACAAGCUGUUGCUCAGGCUCGAGCAGGAGCUGACGUGGUCAGUCCCAGUAACAUGAUGGAUGGUCGAGUGGGAGCACUCCGACAAGCUUUGGACUGUGCAGGUUUUCCAGAUGUGUCUAUUAUGUCCUAUACGGCUAAGUAUGCAAGCGCAUUUUAUGGUCCAUUCCGCGAGGCAUUGGACUCAACUCCACGAUUUGGAGACAAGAAAACUUACCAAAUGAAUCCAGCAAAUUACAGAGAAGCUCUGGUUGAGGCUCGUGCUGAUGAGGCUGAGGGAGCUGAUAUCCUUCUUGUUAAACCUGGUUUUCCAUACUUGGAUAUUGUACGACUUCUCCGCGAUAGCUCCCCUCUACCAAUUGCUGCAUAUCAGGUUUCAGGUGAGUAUUCCAUGAUCAAGGCUGGUGGGGUUCUGAAAAUGAUAGAUGAAGAAAAAGUGAUGGUGGAAUCACUGAUGUGUCUCCGACGCGCUGGUGCUGACAUUAUUCUUACAUAUUUUGCUCUUCAAGCUGCUAGAUGUUUAUGUGGUGAGAAGAGAUAGCAUUUUCUCUGCAUUAGAAAGCGGCUGUAAUUGCGAGGUUUAGAGUACAGUUUUGGAUAAGCCUGUAACUUACAUGAGUUCAACCAUGUACUAUAUCAUCAUAGUUGAUUGAAUAAGAUGGUCAAAAAGCUGUUAUUUUGCUGUU